AUGACAAUGUCAACAUCUUUUUUGUCCAACAUUAAAUUUAUUUCAAAAGUUUUCACUUUACUUUGUAUUGUUCAAGUUUGUUUUUCCGAUGGAUAUAAUCCUUACACUGGACAUUACUAUCAAAAAAUUACCACAAAAGUUUCAAACACUGUUGCAAACGCGGCAUGUGCAGCGUUAACCGGUCCAAACGGACUUGGUCAAGGUUAUUUAGCCACAUUCUCUACAAAGUUGGAAUGGGACUGGGCAGAGUCUGCUGGUUUGUUGGGCACCCCAGAGGAAUGGAUUUCCGGAUACAACCCUGAUAGCGACUUCAAAACAUGGUAUUUCAAUACCGGUCCAGAGAGUGGUCAAUUGUUUUACAGCGCUGACAAAGGUUGUCUGACCUAUUGUCCUUGGGGACUUACAGAACCUUCAUACUCCACCCUCGAAUUCUAUAUGGCCACUUUCAACAGACCAGAGACAAAAGUAUCCUACACCAUGAUCAACAAUCUUCAGGCUUCUUCCACCAACGCUUACCUGUGUGAGUUUGGUGGUAUGGGUAAUCCAAUUGUAGACUCACCAAUUUCAUCAAGCGGUGGACUAGUCACUAUCAGAGGAUACUCUGGAACUCCAGACCAAAACACAGCUGUCACAUUCACUCAAAUCGGUGAGGCCAUCACCAAUCCAGUGGUCUUGCCAUGUCCAGUGCAACAAAUCUCACCAAACAAUUUCACAUGCUUGCUUCCAGCCGGUACUGGUGUCUACAACGUAGAAAUCACAAUCAACGGAGUUACAACAAAUACUACAUAUCAAUAUUUGCCAUCUCAAAUCUCUUAUAUUUUUAGAGACAAUGACCAAAUUACAAUUGUUGGUCAACAUUUCGGAAAUGAUGGAUCAGCUAUCAAAAUUGCCUUUGGCAUUAAUAAGGCUAUUCAAUGUGUAAACUCAACUGUCUCUGUUGUCAAAUCCAAUCAAGUUAUUAUUUGUACAUACGAUAACCCAGCCAAUCUUACAGACCCACUUUCCCCAAUCAGACUUAAUAUCAAUGGUGUAGAGUCUGUCACCAACAAUCCUGUAGUCUACUACCAAAACACUCAUAGCUUCUAUAGUGUUAGACAGGCUUGCAUUCCAAGUUUUGACGAUGCCUCCAUCUACGUCGCUUCUACCAAUGUGGAUUCAUCACCAGGUUAUCUUGGUGUUAUUGACUCUCUGGAUUUAUAUAAAUUCCUAAAACAAACAUUCCCAUCAAACACAGGAAUGUGGGAAGGUUUACAGUAUCUUGCCAGUGGAUACAUUUACUACUCAGGUCACCCAAAUGCAACAAAGUCUGUGACACCCUAUUACACCAGCACAUCAGGCUCUACAAAUAACAAUUCACGUUUCAAAAUCAAUUUCGGAACAGGUGCCCUACUGGCAACAACUAAUGGUGGAUGUGACUCUAUUUUAAGUCAGUACAUGGGUAUGCCACCAGUUAUCCAAGGUUCUUCAAGCUAUGUUUUACCAAAUGAAGGUGGACAGCUCAAUCUUUCCAUUCAAUACGCAGGUCAUAUUUUCAGUCUUAUUCAAUUCUUUGCCAAUAUCAAUGGCACCAUUCAAAGUUUGCCAUCUACUGUCCAAAACAAUGACAACAGAUAUCAGACUAUAACCAUUCCUGCUGGUUAUUAUGGACAAAAUCAAUUUUGGAUGAGCGUCGACGGUAUUGUAUCAAACAAAAUCAGUUAUUCCUAUAGACCACCUAAAUUCAUUAGUAUGGAGCCAUCUCAAUUCAGAUCUGAGGGAGGUGUAGCCACCGUUGUAGGUGAGAAUCUCUUUGACAGAGCCGAUCUUCUGUCAUUGGUUUACAAUAAUAAUCAAAAUCUACCGUUUAGCAAUUUCAAUGGUACAGCUGCAACCGUUACUAUUCCAGAAGGAACUGGUACAUUCUCUGCCUAUAUUUUGCUAGACACUAUUGCAACCAGUCCACUACAAUUCAAUUAUGUAGCUCCACAUAUCGAUGAAAUCACUUCCACUGCAACAAACAUUGAUAGUGGAUAUGUAACCCUAACAGGAUAUUCAUUUGGUAGCGAUUUAGCAUUCAUUACAAUCCAAGGUGUCCAACCAAUGUCACCUCCAACCUUCAUCACACCACAUCAAUCCAUCAGAUUUUUAGUUGCACCAAUCACCAACAUAAACACAAUUUCAAUUAAAGUCGGUGGUCAAAGUUCAAACUCUGUCGAUAUUCCAGUUCACAACAUAACUACUACAAUCUCUUCGGUUUCCUCCAUUUAUUUCAAUACAAGUGGAAAUAUUACAAUCACAGGAACUGGAUUCGGUCAAUAUGAAACAAAUGUAACCAUUGGUGAACAACCAUGUGAUACUCUCUUUUAUAUUAAUAGUACAAUGUUGAUUUGUUACUACAAGGGUGUGGUACCAACCAAUGGUAGUGCUCUCCCAGUAGCAAUCUUUUCUGGACAUACUUUAAUUACCUGGGAUUAUCUAUAUUUCUAUAGAAACAACAUUGCCUGUAUAAACGAUUGUGCAGGUAAAGGACAAUGCGAUACAGACUUUGGUACCUGCAGUUGCAAUCCUGGAUUUGGUGGAAGCGAUUGUUCCUAUCCUAUUACCGGUAGUUCGAUGAGACCAACAGUCAAUGCCGAUGGAUCAACUACAUUACCAAGUAAGAGCAUGGUGUUCAACAUCGGAAUCAAAUAUAUCCGUGAAGUCUCUGAUACCAAUGCCAUCCGUAUUCUCAACAUGAGCGACAUUGUCUGGCAAAAGACAGCGGACAAUGUGAACUACACUCAGCUUGAUGAUACCUAUAUUUUCAUAGGUCGAUUCCCAAGCGAUCCAUGUACCAUCCAAGUAAACAUCACCAUCAUCCCCAAUGCAACCAAGGUAGAGUUUGCUAAGGAGCCAAUCUCAGUGUUGGAUAACUCUGUUAAGUUCCAAAUCAAUAUAUCCGGUUGGAGUUUCGAUAAUCGUUUGAAUACAUUACAGUUGAUCUACGAUACUGUAGGUGACAGAGUAGAACCAGGAUGUCCAAUGAAAACAUCUUUGCCAAGUGGAAAUGUAACAUUGUUUGACAUUCCAAUUCUAAGUCAAGGUGUUGUCUUACAUGGAAAAUAUGCAACACGUCUUAUCUCUGACACAAGACCAACUCAAGCGGUUACAGUUAUCCUCGACAACAGUACCAGUAUAUUGGAUCCACCAGCAUCCUACAACUCAUCCAAACACGAUGUUCAACUUUUAACAGCAAUGUUAGUUCCAUACUUUGAAAGCUCAACCAUUCUCGAUCCUAACUUUGGUCUUUUGUUGACAGACGAUCACGAAACAGUUCCACCAUGUAGCACUGAUCAAGGUGGUUCGAGCAAGUCAAAGAAUGAUAAAUGGAAGGUACCAGUCAUUGUUGUACUCGUAGUUGUAGGUUCAAUGGCAAUUGCAACUGUAUCUGCUAUAUACAUAAAGAAGAGACUGAUGGGUCGUAGACUUAAAGAUGUAGCUCUCGAGAAACUAUCGCAACUCAGUAGAAAAUAA